CACACCAGGAGACAUCGUCAACUGUCAUGGCGUCUCCCUUGAAGGGGGUUUGGUUCUGGGGAAAGUAGCUACUGUCAUUUAUCAGUUUCUCCUCUCGUACAGAGCAGCUGAUCCCCACUGACGAGGUUUUUAGGAGCGGGUAGUUACCAUGGGGACUGUCCAUGCUAAGAGUCUGGAUCCUCUCCCUAUGCAUGGCCGGGAACUGGGUGUCAACCCUGACGACCUGAUGGAGACACCGGAGCAGGAGCAGGACUCAAAGCAGGAGAUCCUGGAAAACAAAGAUGUGGUCGUGCAGCAUGUCAACAUCCAAGGUCUGGGGAGAACCAAAGAGGACCUGCUCGGCUAUGAGAUCUCUGACGUUUUUCACGCCAGAAACCUCAUCGACGUAAUGAAAAAGGCUCACGUCGCCAGACAAAAGCUGCUCCGCCUGGGAAUCUUCAAAGACGUGGAAGUUCUCAUCGACACAUCUGAAGGUACAGACGCUCUGCCCAACGGCCUGGAUGUAACUUUUGAGGUGACAGAGAUCAAGAGGCUGACAGGAAGUUACAACACCAUGGUUGGCAACAAUGAAGGAAGCAUGGUUCUGGGUCUUAAGCUGCCCAACAUGUUCGGCCGAGCCGAGAAGCUCACCUUCCAGUUCUCGUAUGGGACCAAGGAGACAUCGUACGGCUUGUCUUUCUUCAAGCCCCAGCCCGGUCACUUUGAACGCAACCUCACCCUCAACAUGUACAAAGUCACCGGACAGUUUCCAUGGAGCUCCUUAAAAGAGACCGACAGGGGCUUGUCUGCCGAGCUAAACUUUCCCCUCGGGGUGACUAACCACACACUGAAGUGGGAGGGAGUGUGGAGGGAGCUGGGCUGCCUGGCGCGUAGUGCUUCCUUCGCCGUGCGGGAGGAGAGUGGACACUCGUUGAAGUCAGCCCUCUCGCACUCUGUGUCAGUCGAUUCGAGGAAUUCUGCCAUCUUUCCCAGCAGAGGUGCCUUACUCCGCCUCAACCAGGAGCUGGCUGGGUACACUGGAGGAGACGCCAGCUUCUUGAAAGAGGAUUUUGAGCUGCAGUUCAACAGACGGCUCUUCUGGGACUCGGUCUUGUCUGCAUCUUUAUGGGGUGGGAUGCUCUAUCCUUUGGGAGGACAGCCAUCCUGUAUCGCUGACAGGUUCUAUCUUGGAGGUCCAACUAGCGUACGAGGAUUUGGGAUGUACAGCAUCGGGCCACAGAGUGAAGGUGACUAUCUGGGUGGCGAGGCGUACUGGGCAGGUGGUGUUCACCUCUACACCCCAUUACCCUUCAGACCAGGAAAGGGAGGCUUUGGAGACCUCUUUAGAACGCACUUCUUUCUCAACGCAGGCAACCUGUGCAAUCUCAAUUACGGUGACGGUCCUCGGGCGCACCUUCAGAAGCUAGCUGAGUGUAUUCGCUGGUCGUACGGCGCGGGCAUCGUCCUGCGGUUGGGAAACAUCGCCAGGCUGGAGCUCAACUACUGCGUGCCCAUGGGAGUUCAGAGUGGAGACAGGAUAUGCGACGGCGUCCAGUUCGGAGCAGGAAUACGUUUCCUGUGAGCUCAGGCCUGGCCUCAGUGAUCCAGCAGUCUGCGAUGUGAAAAGGGAGAAGGCGUUUUCGUUUGUCACCGUAAAUUGUUGAGUGUGUAACACUAGCAUGGGUCCUCUGUCCUGGGGACAACUUGCCUGGUCUCCCUGUACCCCUCUUUUAUAUGCCCCCCUGAAGACUAUUAGACAACAAAGUGCCAGUGCUGGGUCAUAUAGCUAGUGAAAUUUUUCACGUACCGAACUAAUAAGAAGACAAAAGCAAACAUACAUAGGAUUUCUCAUUUCUUGAUUUGAUGUCUCCAGCACUGGCACCUUGGUUAUGGUAAAGUCCUCCUACCAUCAUUUCAGUCACUGUGUUUAUUGUGGUGACACAGAGUGAAUUCUUUUCCAGUAAGUUAAGAGAUUUUUGGGCAUGUUCCCUUAUUUGCCUUCCAGGACUGCUUCUUAUCCAGAAGCUCUAUAUGUUAGUGUUUUUAUUAGAGAGGUGAACACCACGCACUCUCCUGACCUGAUGUGUUAUAUUGAGAUGUACCGCGUGAACUGAGAGAAGCCAGCACUUUUAAAGCGAGAUGUAGUCACAGCAGAGGUGGGAACCCUCCCCUGAGCAACAUCCACCACUAGUGCUCUUACCAUGGUCCUCUUUUUGAUGUUGUUGAAACUCUACACAAAUAAAUCACAGCUGCUCCCUUG